AUGGUCGGGAAUGGGACGGCGACGGAGUUCUUGUGUUCGAGUACCACCUUGGAGUUGGUAGUCGCCACAAUCCGUCUUGCACUUAACGCCUUUACCUUGUUUUUGGCCUCAUUCAUGCUAUUCUUCAUCUGCUCCACACCUGCCCUCCACAACAACACAUUUAAUAUUCUGUUCCUUUCAUCGUAUGUUGUGGAUUGUCUAGCUAACGUCUCCAGAAUUACUCUCAAAUACCUGCCGAUUCUUUUGUGCAAAAAUGAAUUCAUCCAGUGGAUUUUUAGCCACGGCCCAGUAAGUAAAGCCCAAGUGGUGUCAAGGUCAACAUAAACUGUUGAUAGUCAUUCUCAUUCCAGUCGCUGGCCACUCUAAUCAAUGCCUCGGAGUGGUAUCUGUCAUAUUCCACGAUCUGUUGCGGGUUUUUCUUUAAUCUAGACCACAUGCUACUGGUCGUUUUCCCAAAACAUUACCCUUGGGUAUGUAAAUUAACGUUUGCAAUAACACCAUCAUAGAUCAGUAGUCCUAGAAACAAGUUGAUUAUGGCUUCUCUGAUCUGGAUACUGCCUUUAUUGUGGGUGAUACCUAUGUUUAGAGCUUGUUGCGGGAGUAUCUUCUUUGAAAAUACAAUGAAUCCAGUGUUUGCGAAGAAAGAAGUAAGGAGUUUAAUUUCUAAUUAACAUCACAGCACUUAUUACACCGGUAAUUUAUAGAUAGAAGACAUAUAUGACACUAUAGACAUGUUAUUAGAAUCGUUCUUGUACGUUCCCAUUGUAUUUAUAUUCAACUGUGUGACAACAAUGGUGUUGCAAUGGAGAUAUAAAAAGUUCAAAAGUAACGGAACAGGGCAAUUGCAUCUCCUCAUGGAUCAAGUUACAAUCAACAUCCCCGAAAGAAAUGGGCAUGUCCGAACAAUGGCCAAAAGUAAGCCGUGACAAAGUACAUUUGCACUUGAUUACUGUAGAAAUAAAUAGCAAUUUUAUUUUUACUUCAGCAAAUGUCUUGCGACAAAGGAGAGUGGUAGAUGAACUGAAUCUUUCAUUACUCAACCUGAUAGAUCAGAUGGUAGAUGCCGUGGGCGUGGUCUUCUAUCUGUUGUUUUGGGCAGGGAAUAAUGAUUGGAUCGAGGUUGACAUCACCCUCUGCAUGACCCUCUACGACAUCACCUGGGAAUUGAGCACAUUGAACCAGCCUUAUAUAUUCCUCUUGAUGUUUCCUAAAAUUCGACGAAAAUUUGUCCAAUUUUAUUUUCCUCGGAAAAGGAUACGACCAGAAAGGCAGCCAACUUUUGAGUCAUCAAUUCAUCUCAGCUAA